UCAGAGGGUCCCAGGUCACAUCUCGUCUCACUGAUACUCGUCUGCUAUGCAGCCACUUUGUUAUAUUGCCUUUACUGCCCUGUGCAGUCUGUCUUUCCUCUCCUCUGUGCUUUCCAUACACUGCAACACGACACAAUAUCCCUGGCCGAUGAAAGAAGCCAAGUUUUGCUGUAAAAAGUGUCCGCCAGGUCAACGAAUGGUUCGGCGUUCAGAAAACUCUUGUGACAUUGAGUGUACCCUGUGCAUAGGGGACCGAUACAGUGACUCUGACAAUGUGGAUCCGAGUUGCAGUAUUUGCACAACCUGCCUAAAAUCAAACAUGGAGUACAAGUCACGCUGUAAUGCCAGUCAUAAUGCUGUGUGCAGAUGUAAAGCUGGCUACAGAUGCGAAGACCAAUCCUGCACCCAGUGUAUGCCAAUGCCUGAAACCACCACACCCACACUCCCUCCAUCCACAAUAACAAACAUGGAGAACAAGUCACGCAGGUCAACUACACUCCCUCUAUCCACUACAACCUCCACACCCGAAGCCAUCACACCAUUGACACCACAUAAGCCACUCAGAGAUACAGUGUGGUUCCUGGUGAUAAUUGCCCUCCUGUGUAUGGGUAUUGCACUUGCUCUUGCAACAAAAAUCAAGCCCUUCCUGCAUUGGCUCACCAAGCAUGGCUACUUUUUGUCUGAGAAACAACCACUAUCACAAUGCUCUGUGGACGAGGAUGUAUCCAAGCCUGUUCAGGAAGUCUGCGGGAAAUGCGACCAACCUAUUGAUGUGUGAGCUAGCGACCAGCCGGGUGUGUAGCCCGAA